UUUCUCCCCAAAAACCCAAAUCUCCAACAUAUCUCUCUCUCUCUUUCCAUCCACCGCCCGAUCCCAAAUCCCCCAAACCUCACCUAAAAUAGCCCCAAAAACACAUAUAAACCAAACAAAGACAAAACACUACUCUUAAUUCUUAAACCAGCAACAGCCCCCUCUCUCUCUCUCUCUCUCUCUCUCUUACACACACACACACACUAAAAUACUAUACACCAACCCAGAGACUGAGAGAUAGAGAGAGAGAUGGAGCACGAGCACGAUCCAGAAGAGCACGAGCACGAGCACGAGCACGAAGUGUACGGUGGCGAAAUCCCCGACGAGGGCGAGAUGGACGCUGACGUCGACAUGUCCGCCGGUGGUGAUUACGAACUUCAGGAACAAGAAGAUGGUCCUGACCCUAACUCCAAGGACUUGGAGGACAUGAAGAAGAGGCUGAAAGAGAUCGAAGAAGAAGCCGGUGCUCUUCGCGAAAUGCAGGCCAAAGUCGAGAAAGAGAUGGGCGCCGUUCAAGAUUCAUCCGGUUCUUCUGCAACUCAGGCUGAAAAGGAGGAGGUGGAUGCACGGUCCAUUUAUGUUGGCAAUGUUGACUAUGCUUGUACGCCUGAAGAAGUCCAGCAGCACUUUCAAUCUUGUGGAACAGUGAACAGAGUGACUAUUUUGACUGACAAGUUUGGGCAACCAAAAGGAUUUGCAUAUGUUGAAUUUGUUGAAAUUGAUGCUGUUCAGAAUGCUCUGCUGUUAAAUGAAUCUGAGUUGCAUGGUCGUCAAUUGAAGGUCUCUGCUAAGCGAACAAACGUUCCUGGAAUGAAACAGUAUCGGGGAAGGCGACCUAACCCAUAUUUAGGUUUUCGACCCCGGAGGCCCUUCGUGCCUGUCUAUACUCCAUACGGUUAUGGAAGGGUUCCAAGGUUCAGAAGACCCAUGCGGUACAGGCCAUACUAAUGCUAAAUGUUACUUUACUGGUGGCCAAAAUUAUGAGAAAAACCAUUACUAUACGUUGUAUAAUGGUUAUUAUUGGUUAAUGUGAUCUUCCUCCCUGAAUUUGAGCAAGUAGUAUUAUUAUAUUUAUCAUUUUGUACAAUUACCUGCUUUGGAGGGGAUAAAAAGAGGCAAAGAUUUUAAAUAUUUAUUGUAGUGAAGAAUUUUUAGGCCUCUAUAAGUUCUGCUAGAUUUGUAAUUUUCAAUUCAGUUUGGAUGAGCUCAGAUAUUGAAAAAUUCAAGUUCACCAAAAAUUUGACUUGAAUGUUGUACUUUAGUUGUGAAUUAUGGAAAUUAAUUUUGCCAAAUUUAUUAUGGUAGGCAUGUUCAUCAAAA